AAGUAGCGAACGUCGGGUCUGAUCAAGCAUGUUGGAUAUACUUAUGUACUUACUUUUUCAGCUGUUAUCUAUGCUUCUUACCGCAUAUGGAUCUGUAGAUGGGACAGCACCAGCACUAGACCUAACACGGCUAGAUCAUAUUUAGCUAGGUAUAGUACAUUGAGGGUACUUACAUAUAGUAGACAGUAGCAGUAGCGUGGAGAUAUAAAGGUCUCCGCAUAGCACGUACCUACCUAUCAAGGGUAAGGGUAAGUACCUACCCUACGUAGGUAUGUAGAUAGCUGCUUACGUAGCUACCUAAAGCAGCCGCAUCGCGGGGCAUUCCCCGCGCAUCCCAUUCCCAAGGGGAUGAUGAGGCCGUUCACAGGUCCGCUCAGUCAGAUUGGGUCUCAACCUGAAUGCUGCUCUCGUAACCUCUGCAUGUUCCAGUACGGCAGACCUGUGUCUAGGUGCCUUAGGCAAAGUAGCACCGGUAUCUAAUCACCCUUCUGCUCAUGAUACCGCAGGCCAUUGAUAGAGACCAAUCUGCUUGGGCGCUUCACUCAUCCAACCACCUACCUACUCAAACACCCCGAACUCCUUGCUUCCUUAUUUCUUGACGAGCAUCUCUCUUGUUCCGUAUCCAGCUAUCGUUCUUAUCAUCUUGAUUUGACAGGUUCUUACUAUCAAGCAUUACUCAAUUUGAGAUUAGGCGCUUCGUAGAUAAUAACAUCAUGUCGCUCCCGGCCAACGUUCACGUCUCCAAACAUCCUUGUCUGCUCUCUAAACUCAGCCGCCUCCGGUCCAGGGAAACCGAAGCACGCGAGGUCAAAUCCCUCGUCCAUGAAAUUGCGCUGAUUGUCGGCUGUGAGGCUCUCGCCUCCACCUUGACUGUAGUAGAUGGACCAAAGGGCCUGACGCCUAUCGGAUAUGAGUACACCACGACGUCAACAGAGCCGCAGGAGAUAUCCGUUGUGCCCAUAUUGAGGUCUGGCCUGGGUAUGGUCGAUGCCAUACAGACACUCCUACCAACUCCCGUCCCGGUACACCACCUCGGAUUAUACCGUGAGCCGAGCACCCUUGAGCCUGUCGAGUAUUACAAUAACCUUCCCAACCAUACCGCAUCCGGCCGACCCGGCGCCCACGUCUCGAGCCUGGCUGUCAUCCUCGACCCCGUCAUUGCCACCGGCGGCACCUGCGUCGCCGCCAUCCAGACUUUAAAAGAAUGGGGAGUAAAGAAGAUUCUCGUUCUGUCUGUCAUCGCAGCCUCGGAUGGUGUCCGCCGUGCCGCCGAAGAGUGGCCCGAAGCUGUCGAGAUCUGGGUGGCGGGUGUCGACUCGGAGCUGACACCUAAUGGAAUGCUCAAGCCUGGCUUGGGAGAUAUUGGUGACCGCAUCUUCCUUACCAUUGGUAAAUAGCCGCCAUAGAAUCGUAAAGAGCUAAAUAGAGUACCCCACGUACCACAGCCAAAUUGACUCAUGUGAUGCACUCU